AUGCUUUCUCAUAUCCUUCUUGCUCUCGCAGGUUCGACACAUCUGGCCUAUGCUUUGCCAUUGGGCGCCCGAGACGACGGUGCUCAAGCAUACUCUACGAACCAUGAUUUGGCGUACAAGAACUCCAAGAUUGAUGCUCCAAAGAUUGGCAAGGAUACUUCCGUAUCAAUACGCACAUGGGACUUGAGCAUCGAUGAUACUGGUGCGGGAGACAAGCAGGUUGUUACUGGAUUCGGCGGCUGCGUUACAGAUGCAACAGUAACAAGCUUCGGCUCACUUUCGAGCGAUUCACUGAACUCUCUGCUGGAAGAGAUGAAGCAUUUCAACCUGCUACGCCACACCAUUGCUUCUUCUGAUCUUUCUGGGGCCCCAGCGUACACAUACGAUGACAACAACAAUCAAGCCGAUCCAUCGCUCCGCGGCUUCAACCUUGGAGAUAGAGGCAAUGCCAUGGUCUCGUUGAUCAGUACCAUGAAGUCUCUCAAUUCGAACAUGCACCUGCUGGGUUCCCCUUGGUCACCACCCGCAUGGAUGAAACGCAGCCGGAAACUCCUGGGAACACAAGGAAACAACCUCGACGAUGGAACCAACCUCAACGACGGCUCCAAGGGUAGCGGCUAUCCUGGCCUAUCCCAGUCGUUUGCAGACUACUUUGUCAAGUACAUUCAAGCAUUCAACGAUGCGGGUGCAACUGUAAAUGCAAUCACCAUUCAGAACGAGCCCCUGAACAGCAAAAGCAACUUCCCCACUAUGUAUGUGUUUGCCGAGGAAUCAGCAAACCUCAUCAAUGAAUUUGUUGGGCCUGCACUGCGGAAUGCAAACACUAGUAUCCCCGUGUGGGCGUACGAUCACAACACAGACAGACCGGACUAUCCGGAGACAGUGAUGAAUGUUGCCGGAGAUUUCGUGGACGCUACUGCUUGGCAUUGCUAUGCCCCAACGCCAGAUUGGAAUGUGCUCAGCGAGUUCCAUGAAAAGUUUCCCAACAAAAAGCAAUACAUGACAGAAUGCUACACCACCGCCGAUUUACGCUGGGAUCAAGUCGCAACUUUCACCAUGGGACCGCUUCAAAAUUGGGCCUCUGGUGCUAUUGCAUGGACGCUCGGCACAGAUGAUUCUUUCGGACCUCACCUCGACGGCGACGCUUGCCAGAACUGUCGCGGACUCGUCACGGCGAAUAGCAAUGGAUAUACUUUGACGAAUGACUAUUAUGUCAUGGCUCAGUUCAGCAAGUACAUUCCUCAGGAUGCUACGAUUCUUAACGGGAGUGGAAGUUAUACUUAUACUGAUGGUAAUGAUAAUGGAAAGGGGAUUCAAAGUGUGGCGAGUAGGAACCCGGAUGGGACGAAGACUGUUGUUAUUUGGAAUUCGUUGGAUGAUGAGCAUUAUGUUACGACUACUUUUGGAAGUGGCAAGGUUUGGAGUGGGAAUGUGCCUGGGAAGUCGGUUACUUCUUGGAUUCUGCCUUGA